CACUAAAUUUUCUAAGACCGAAUCGAGCUGGCUACGCAGAAAGGUCCUUACUUGUUGACAACAAGAUUGAAAAGGAAUAGAGGUCUGAGAGAAAUCUGUGAGGUACUAGCUUUCGUAAUAAGCGACGCCAACUUAGUUAGGAACCAAGAAACAAGUAGAGGAAUGUCUAAAUUAAAAUAAAUGAAUGAAUGAAAUAAGCGAGUAGACUAAAGAACGAACUACCGAGCGAACGAACCAAUGAAUACAGGGCUAAUGAAUGGAUGGAUUCACGAAUGGAUAAAUGAACGAUCGAUGCAUAUCCAGGAUCAGUGAUGUCGGGCAUGUCUCUGAGGUCCCGGAUGAGGAUCUCAAUUUGUUUCAUAAAGUAUCCUGAAAAGUGAUGUUGUCUUUACGAGGAGCUUCGGUUCUUGUCCUCUGUUGUGUCCUUCGCAUCUCAUUCAUCGCAGGCCUCAAUUCUGCGACAAAGUUUACAAAGAUACCUCCAAGUAAAAUCUUUGCCGUUGAGGGAUCUGAUAUCACUUUCCAAUGGGAAUUGAAUUUUGGCGAUUUGCAAGACUGGAAAAAGUUCGAACAGAUUUAUUGGGGAAAAACAGACGGAAAUGAUCUCAUCAGGAAGAAGUAUAUCACAGUUGCGAAAUCAUGGAAUGGAGGUUUGAACCCCACACUUAAAGAUUCCGUUAAAUCCAGAACCAGUUGGAUCGGAAAUGUUACUCACGAUCGAUGUAAACAAAAGUUCGUUUUAAGGAAUGUGAGUAAAGCAGAUCAGACCACCUACGGCUGCACGGCAAUAGUGUACGGUGACGAAAUCAGGAGUGGUCCAAUAAACCUAUUUGUCCAUGAUCCAGUCCCCCCAACAUUGACCGGUCGAUCGAAUGCAAACAUAGAUGCGGAUGAAGAGGAUGACCUACGAUUGCACUGCAACGCAAGUGGUGACCCCAAACCCAUGAUAACUUGGAGUAAAGAUGGAACUCCUCUUCUUCAGAAUAGCAGUUCAUCUGCUGUGUUACAAAUUCCAAAUUUACGACAAAGAGAUGCUGGUACUUACACCUGCACCGCUACCAACAAAGCUGGGUCUGCGUCUCACAGCAUGGUUGUCAGAGUUGUACGAUAUAAACCUCGCAUCAACAAAACAGCUUCUUCAAAGCCAUUAUUGCAAUCAUGGAUUAAGAAGGUGACCACCCUGAGGUGCUCUGCAGAUGCUAAGCCUCUCGCAAACUUUACUUGGUUCAAAGAUGGCCGACAGAUUGUGUACGGUGUGAACUCUGCGCAAGACGUGGGCACACUAACGCUGAGACCUAGGAAUGCGGGCGAUUUUGGUUUGUAUUCCUGCAGGGCCACAAACAUUAAAGGAGCUGCUUGGUUUCACACGAGAAUAUUUCAGCUUUAUCCACCCAGCUCGCCUAUCAUUUAUCAGGUGACACCAGACGUGCUGAAAUUCAACAUCACAUGGAAUAUCUCAAAAGUCAAAAAUAGCAGCCGCUCUUUAGAUUUCAUGAUCACCCUGCUUGAUGCAAACAGGCAUGUUAUUCAGACACAUAGUGGAAUAAAGGGAACAUUCUACACCCUUGAAAAUUUGCAACAAAACAGAACAUACAUAUUGAUGCUACAAGCAAGAAAUAUUGCCGGUUAUGGACGAGCCGAGAAUGUCACUGUUAAAACACUUGAAGCAGAUCCACCCAGGGCCCCCUUCAUCGCGGUGGUGCCAAAUGUACUGUCGCUAAAUGUAACCUGGUUUUCGUCCAUUGAAGACAACGGCAUCAAAAUUUAUGAUUACUUCGUGAAAGUCGUGGACUAUGUUUCAAACAGACUGGUACAGGAAUACAAGAAAGUACAGAAAACAUCGUUGGUGAUUGACAAAUUAAUGAGAAACAGGACUUAUUUUGUGGCAAUACAAGCACGAAACGAGGUCGGUUAUGGAAAGCCAUCCAAUGUUAGUGCCACGACUCUACUGGCAGGGCCGCCGGAUGUACCAUUGGUAACGAACAUCACUGUUAGUGGAAAACAAUGCUCACUACAAUGGACGGAGCCUUUUAAUGGACAAAGUGCCAUUUUAACGUACACUGUUUAUGUUUGGGAGUUUGUGGCCAGACUUGAAUCAUAUACUAGGGAGGGCAUAGGCUCAUGGAAUACCACCAACCUCACUUACACGCUAGAACUCGACUGGGACAAAAUGUACUGGAUGGCUGUGUCGGCAUGGAACAAAUAUGGCGAAAGUUUCCCCCUGUUGCGAAGGAAAUUUAGAACAGACAAAAAUUCUAAAGUGCAAAUUUCGACAGAGAUGCCCACCGUGCUAUCUAGUAACAAACAAGAGUCGACCGUCACGAAAAGAAAAACUGAACAACUUCCAACAGAACUGCCUACUAUCAAACAAGCUGAAAACAGCGAAAGCAGAAAAGGCGUUUUUUCCUAUUACGCACCUAUCUGGUUCGUUGCGCUGGCAUUUGCAACACCUAUGGUUGUGUUCUUGGUUUGGAAAAUCACCAGAAGAAUUAUCGUCAAGCACUGUUAUAAAAGCAGUAGCGAUAGCGAUAAGGAAACAGAAAUUGAAAGCGACAUCGACAGUGAACUGGGUAACCCUUCUUACUUGGCAAAAAUUGUGGAGCUUCAAGAAACAUCGGUUUCGAAUGAAUAUGAGUCUAUAACGGAUAUCUUUCAGAAGAACUUAAACCUUGGAUACUCCAUGGAGGACGAGCAACCCAGAUAUAGUAGGAGCCCUGUGACACAUGAUUACUGCUGUGUUUCAGAGGGAUCUUCGGAGUAUAACCAUCUUAAUGAUAUACCGACUGGUCGCGGCUCGAAAAGCCUCAAAGACUCGUUUUAUGAUGACAGACUGGGACAUGACGACCGGCAAUUGACGACUGGAUUGGGGAUGUUUGACAUACAAAUGUACUCGCAUCUCAUCCACGACGGAUCGCCAAAUAUUGGAGUUAAAAGAUGUAUCUUUCCAGAAACAAGUUUCAUUCUUCCUCCAUCGCAGAAGUGGGAAAUUUCCAGGGACAGGCUAAGAAUUGAAACUACUGUCGGCCGAGGGGAGUUUGGGCUUGUUAAGAAGGGUUACGCACUGGAUGUCACAGACGAAGGUGGUUGGGCGGUAGUCGCUGUCAAGACAAUAAAAGAAAAUUCAAAUGAAUCUCAACGCGAAGAUUUGCUAUCAGAACUAAAGGUGAUGAAGGAACUAUUAUCACAUAAACACGUGGUAGAGCUUCUGGCUUGCGUCACAAAAUCCGAGCCAUUGUGUGUCAUCACGGAAUUUGCUCCUUAUGGAGAUCUUCUGGGCUUCUUGAGAAAGAAACGAGGUUUAAGGGAUGAUUACUACGACAUACAACAGCUCCCCAAACGAAGCCUUACGUCACGGCUGUUGAUGAAAUUUGCGUGGGAGAUAGCUGAUGGAAUGGCGCAUCUCAGCGCGGCAAAGAUUAUCCAUCGUGACUUGGCAGCCAGGAAUGUCCUUUUGGGAGAAAAUUUGACGUGUAAAGUGACAGAUUUUGGAAUGGCGCGUAACACUCGCAGCAAAGAUAUAUACGAAAGGACUUCGGAGGGUCGCCUUCCUUUAAAAUGGACAGCACUCGAAUCCUUGGAAUACGGACGUUACACUACUAAAAGUGAUGUGUGGAGCUUUGGAGUGGUCUUGUAUGAGAUAUUCACCAUCGGUGGUGCCCCAUAUCCUGGUAUGAACGUUUCCGAGUUGACAAAAAAGUUAAAAAGUGGCUACAGAAUGGAGAAGCCGAAACAUGUACACAAUAAAUUGUACGACGUUAUGCGAUCAUGCUGGAAUAAAGACCCAGAUCAGCGACACACAUUUUCGCAACUGAACAAGACUUUGAAUCAGUUAGACAAGGAGGUUCAGAAUUGCAUCAAUCUCAGGACGUAUAAUGGCAAGCUUUACGAAAACUUCAAAGUAUUUAAAAACUAGACCAUAGCAAGUAAAACUUGCUACCGGGAUCAGGGCAAAGUAUAAAGUACAAAUAAUAUUUAUUUUCUUCGUAUUCCCAAUUGAGGAGCUAUCAAAUUAAAUUAGGAAAAUUAUAGGGGCGUAAGUGAGAUAACCAUUAAAUUGCGACGAUUGACGAAAUCUUCCCUGAUUACAUAGUAUAAUAUACCGGUUAGGAAAGUCGGCUAAGGAUGACUAUGUCAAAGUUUUUUUGUGUGUUUACACACUGUGAAUUGAUAGUGUGAAAGGCUCUAUUAGUCUGUUAGUUGAAAACAUUGGGAAGGUUUUGCGCGGGCUCGUGCAAAAAAACCUUGCAAAGUCACAUAAAGGGGAAAUCUGUCGUUUUUGUAACCAGCUGUACCCUAUAAUCUUUGGUGUGCUGGUGGAUUGUAUUGUACCUCAAUAAUCAAGUAAAAAUUACAGUCAAUGCAGCUUUAAACACUUUUUUAUUCAAAUUUCCGAAUGGAGUUUUCAAAAUGCAUCAUAGAGCAAAGCUUAGGAUUUCAAAGAUGUUAAUGUGCUUGUUGUAGUUUGAUCCAAAAAGACCAUCUUGCAUCGGGGGCUCAUACUAUCUCAUACUAUGGACCUCCGCUAAUCGAAAUCAAUAUACCUGGUUAUCCACGUUUAUUUAACGUAGCACUUUUCCAUGCGUUUAUUAUUUUCCUCUUCCAUAAAAUACAUACAAAGCUCGUGUAGAGACCAUCAAAAAACUGCGUUGCGUUCAUUCCCUGUACAUAUAUGUAUGCUUCUGAGGAAUGUAAGAUAAUUAUCUUGCGGGUUAGGGACUGGGUCCAGGUAAUUUUAUUUUCUACAAUCGUGGUAAUUGUAAGUUAUUCUCGCACCGUAGCGUUAAUGGAAAUCUGUAUAUUUAUAUUGGAGAGUGGAAGUCUUGAAAAAUUCAUAAAGCUUGAAAAAGUAAAAAAAAUAUUGAUAACCUUUCGCAGCGGCCACUUAAUGUACAAAAUUGUAUUUAAUGAUUUGAUGACGUUUGACGUCUAUUAGACUCGGCUGCUAAAUGUAGCUGACAGUUAAUUUGAACCUGUAAUUAUCUUCUUAAGGUUAAAUGAGGAAUAAAAGAAGGAGCUUUCAAUGAGUAA